UCACCAGAUCCGGCCAGUGAUUCCCUGCUGGCACCUGGCAAUCAACCGAGUAUCACUGACAGGGAGAGGUCUGUAUCACACUGCUUUGUAUUGCUCUGCAUAGCAGUGCUAUACAAAACAGCGUGCUUACACAGUAAAGCACACACAACACACAGUUAACCCUUUGAUCGCCCCAGAUGUUAACCCCUUCUUGCACAGUGUCAUUAGUACAGUGUCAGUGCUUUUUAUUAGCACUGAUCACUGUAUUAGUGUCACUGGGGAUGUCAGUGAAAGUUAGUCAGUUUCCCCCAGUGUCAGAAUGCCCACAGCAGUCCCGCUAU